CUGUCUGCAUGUCCUCCAGAAGAUCAUCUAUUAAAACGUGCGACAACAAUUGUCUAGUUCUGCGGCGCUCUAUAUCGUAAGGGAUCUUGGUAAUACAGUAGGUGUCUACCUGGAAGUAAUGCCAGCCAGCUUACCUGGCUUACUAUGCUCAGAAUUCAAUUUUCGUAUAUCCCGCCUUCCCCUUCGUCUUGCCGCUCUUGGAGAUCAUCGAAAGUGUCUUCCCGGCCUUCCCACGUGUGCGAUAUUGUUGCUGAUCUGUCUGUACAAGACCGCCGUCGUCCUUGAGGCAGAGGAGUCGCAUCGCUUCGUGAAAAAGUCUCAUGUGCAUUACCGGCGCAACAUAAGUCUAGAGUUCGAGCUGGGUGAACUGCAAGGCUACUAUGACGGCGGUGGUGGUAGUGGUAGUGCGGAGCAGAGGCAGCGAGUCAUUCACCCCUGCCGCGAGGCGCAGCGCAAAAAGGAGGGGCAAGGCUGGCGCAAGCAAAGCUGA